AAAGCUUCGGCGCGGGCGUCCAAGGGGCUCCUCAUCGCGCGUCCUCCUUCUCGGUCUCGACUGUAGGCCCGAACCUUCUGCUGCACUCUUCGGCCCAGAUCGACCUGUGAUGGCCCCAGGGCCCGGAACGAGGCAGGAUCGCCCACUGCGCAGAAGACUGCGACGCGCGGCUCUCAGGCUCCCCGCGCCUCCCGCGCCCGCCGCCCCGCGGGGCCUGCGCGCAUGGCCGGCGGAUGGCGGCGGGGACCGCCGGGAAGCGCCCGCCCCGCCGCGUGGCGCCGCCGGACAUCCGGGAGGGCCAUGGCGUGGCGCGGAUGGGCCUGGCAGGCUUCAUGUGCGACCCCGGCGGCGCGCAGCGCGGUUGUCGGGAGGCCGCGGCCGCGUGCAGGCGCGGGCGCGGCGGUGCCCUGGCGCCCAUGCCUCAGGCUGUCUCCUCCUCCUGCUUCUAGGGAGAAGCCAGAGAGCAUGAUCAGCCUGAGGCACUGGCCGCCGUUCCUCUCCGACGGCACGGGGCCCCACGGCGCGCGCCACGAGGACUUCGAGGCCUGGCACGCGGAGCUGGCCGUUGCGCGCAAGGCGGCGCGCCUGCGGCGGCGCGCGCACCGGGCGGAGGCGCGGAGCGCCGUCGCGGAGGUGCGGGGCGCGGAGGCCUGGGAGCGAGAGCACCUGGCCCGGGCGUCCUCGGCGCCGGCGCUGGGGGCCGCGCCCGCGGCCGCGCCGGGAAG